UGCAGUUCACCCGGCGCAUCGUCGUCACUCUCCUAGUCACCUCGCACUCGUUGCCCGUAGAUGCCAGUGCUCGUUGCUCACGAUUCGCUCGUCACUUGUGAAACGGUCGUCGGACAGUGCGCGUCAGCUGUGUUCCAGGUCUCGGCAGAACGAUUUUAGCGACGAAUAAUAAAAUUAAUAACAAUAAUUAAACAGACGACAUUCAUCCCGCUGGCUAAAACUCGGUAGAUAGCUAGCUGGUUUUAGUAUCAAGUGGCUCUGUGACCCGCGUCUGUGCGUACCUACGUCACUCGCCUACGCGCCCACACUUCUUUGGUAAUCGAUUCUUCGGCCGAGCCGUUCUCAGUAUCUACCUGCUGCAAUAUUUGAGGCGAAUUCUGCGCAUUUCGACGAUCCACUACGUUUAGGCAGUCGGCACGAAUAAUAGUCCUUUACUCCGUCGUCACACGACUACAGAGCGCAGUCAACGUUUCGAACACUUAUUAUCUACUUGUCACGAGCGCAACCGUUCGCCGUCGAUAAUUUUUCAUUUCGUCUUAGAGAUUCUUUAUUUGGCUACAUUUCUAUAAUGGAAGGUGUAAAUGCCGAUAUCAUGCAAUCUGGUUUGCAACGUCUGUGGGCCAAACGUCAGGGUACGAUCUUAGGUCAUGUGCAUGAAAUUCGGGAUGAAAUAUUGGACCAGGGUCAAUGUGCAUCAUCAUUUGAUAACCAGCCAACUGAUGGAGAAUUACUUGGGGACAGAGUCAAGUCUAGGGAUGAAGCUCGUUACUUGGAAAAAGAGCUUGCUGAUACCUCUGGUCCAGAAAAAAUCAGUGUUUCAUCUACAUUCAGCAGCUUAACAACUACAAAUUUAAAAAAUUCUGAUUGGAGUAUUGAAGAAACUUCUGUGGUUAACCUGGAUGGAGCUGAGCUCAAUGAUUUUCCUGCUAAAUAUUCAGUUCCAUUAUUACGGCCAUAUGAGUUUGCUGCUGUCGGUGUUUGGAUCCAUCCAAAUAUUGUGCCUGGAUUUAAAUAUAAAGUCCGUCCCAUUGAAAAUAAAGAGCGUACAAGAUUCUUAUUUGAUAACAGAGCAUUGGAAUUAAUGAGCAUUGGCCGUGGUUAUUCUAGACGAUUAACAUUUGAAGCUAGUCCAGGAUUAUUGAAUGACAACGAAAAUUAUUUUUGGACUGAUUCCAUGCCUUCUGGUUAUGCAUUUCAAGUGCAUGUUGUGUCUGUUGGAGACAACUUCACUGUUUUUGAUGCAAACAAUGUUGCUGUGGCUACAAUAGAAGUCACUAAAAUCCCGAAUGCUCAGAGAGAAGUCAAUCAUGAAGUAAUAAAAAAUGGAGAGGUGAGGAAAAAUGUAGAAGUCAGCAUGUUGUGUAAAGUAGAUUGGUUCUAUAAAGAAGAUUCAUCUGCAAUAACACCAGUUACUGGUAUUGCUAUAGCUUCUAAGCUACCACGUGGAUCAGCGAAGCUUAUUAAGAUAUUAGAUGCUUCUAUUGGUUUUAUACCAUGUCGAGGUUUUACUUUAAUACCUGGUGUAGAUGAUAAACAACGACAAUUGGUAUUGAACGGGUGUAAUAUUGGUGAUGCUCCCACUAUGUAUACAAUGACAGGUUUAGAACCAUAUGAAUUGCCUGUGAUUGGUACUUAUGUUGACCCAAGAAUCAUGCCUGGUUUUCAUUAUAAAGUACGUCCUACAGGUCGUAAAGAUUAUUUGUUUGAAGGUAAUGCGUUACAAUUGGUUAACAUUGGAAUGGGAUAUGGAAAACGUAUGACAUUUAAACCUGACAGCCAUAAUCUUAACAAUAACACAAACUUUUUCUGGAGUGAUUCAUAUCCAGAAGGUUAUGGGUUUGAACCUCAAGCUGUAUUUUGUGGAAUGAAGUUUGAUGUUAUGGACGAUACUCAGCGUAUCGGUGAAGCCACAGUAUUCCGUAGUGAUAAUCCUCAAAUUGAGGAUCAACAGUGCAUUGUUAAAGGUACAACUGGAGUGACCGUAACAAAAUAUAUUCAUGUGGAUGUUACAUGUCAAGUGAUGUUGAAGAGUGAUAAAUCUGACAAUGAGUCUCAUUCCGUUCGUGUUUCUGGUACUGCAGUUGUAGUCAAAUACCCUAAGCAGAACGAGUCUAAAUUAUUGUAUAUCGAUAAUGUUGGUCUUAGUUCUAAGCUUAACUUGGUGUUUAUGAAUCAAAAGUCUCAUAUUAUUUUUCAAGCUAAAUAAUCACAUUAGAUAAUUCAUAAGUUCAGCUUAAGCACUCCAAGACAAGCAUAGAUAAUUAUUUUGUUCCUUUUACAGUUUAUAAAUUUGCCAUUUUCUGUAAAUCUACCUUGAGUAUUUUUUAUUGUCUUAUGGUUUAUUGGUUUAAUAUUCUCAAUUUGUUAGACAUUCGUUAAAUAUUUUUUAUAGUUAUGAAAUAUUUUGUAUUUUUAUUUGUUUUUGGCAUACAACUUAAAGUUUUGAUUAUUGCAGGGUCUGUGUGCUAAGCAAAAUUUAUGGAUAAUUAUUGGUACAGUAAUCUUAUUAUUUUAUUACUGAAUAAAUAAUUAUUUGAACUGAUAAAUUUGAUAAUUAAUCGCUGGAGAGAGCACAAAUGUGUGUUUGGUUUUUAAUGUAUAUUAUUGUUAAAAAUAUAUCUUAAUAAUUUUCUUAUCCUUCACACAUUAUAUUAACUUUUGUGUUUUUUUUUAAAUUUAUUUUUUUCAGUACUCAGUAGUUAACAAUUGAGACAAUUUUAAUUUUUAUAGUAAUU